AUGCAUGCCGGUAGAAGCCAGGCUAUCCCGGCGCCCGCACCGUCCUCUCAACAGCCGCACGUCUCCUUUCGGCCGCCUGAACCUCCGCUUGACUCUGGUGGUCGAAGGGAUAGCCUUUUCGGUGUGGGCGAUCUAGGUGAGGGAUCCUCUCAGUUACCGCGUGUCGUCUUUCGGCCGCCUGAACCUCCGCUUGACUCUGGUGGUGAAAGGGAGCUCAGUGAGCUUGUUUCGGGUGAGGAUGAUCUAGUGGCCCCUACUUGCUAUGUUGUAAGCGUCGAAGAGGUGCCCGACGAAUACGACACCGCACCCAAGCAAGGCGCCCGGAUUCCCGGCUCCCAAGCCAACCGUUUCAGCAUGGACUCAGACGACGAGGGAGACCCAAUGCAGACUGACAGCAAUGCCGCCGGUCCUUCCACCUUCCCUCCUGACCACGACUCCAUGGACCGGGAGCGCUGGGAGUACCCUGAGGAGUCGGCCGACGAGCCUCCGCGCGCUCGUACUCCGCCGUGA